GAGAACGUCUAAAACAAACAUUAUAUAAGUAUCCUGUUUUCACAAAUCAAAAAUAGCUAGAAGUAUUCUCAUUUCAAACAAUACGACUUUUGCAUCAGAGCCAUGUUAUGUAACAAAAUAUCUUCACUUUGAAAAAUGUCAAAAAAUAGCCAAACUAGGAUUUACACGAAUGAACGCGAAAUGACAGUAAUUCAAGGAUUUCAAGAGGAAUUUACUACUUCAUUCUUAUAAACCCGGAGUGCCGGCUCUUAUACUCUUUGAUAUGGCCUUGGCCAUUUUGUAUUUUGUCAAGCUUCAAUAAGCAUUUUCUAAUUUUACUGUCAAGAGUAGCAAGUGGUUUCGCGGUUUUAGUAUUUGACCAAUUUUUUUAUUUUCAGUUUUUCUUACAAUUUUUUUUGAGAAACUGAAUUUAGUUUGAGACUAUUCACUUAUCACUUUCAAUAAAUUCAUUCAAUUAAAGUAUUUUUCUUAUUUGUGAAACUCUUCAACUACAAUUACAAUGCCUCCUAAGAAAAAACAGACUUCUGGAAAUGCUUUCUUCCACUUCAUGCAAGACUUCAAAAAUAGACAAGGAAGACAUUUCAAAAAUAUGCAAGAGGUAGCCGAGGCUGCCAGUCCGCAUUGGAACAGGAUGUCAAAGGAACAACGAAAACCAUACGAAGAGAUGGCUUUAAUGGCUAAGAAUAAUUUGCGUGGAGGUAAAUUUACCUCCGAUGGUUUGGAUAUUGAAGUAUUAGAAAAUAUUGAGAAGGAAGAGCAGGCAAAAAUUCAACAGAUGAAAAAUGAUAUUAAUUAUAUAUGGAAAGUGGCGAGUUCAAAUGGAAGGAUUGCAGAUGAACUUAUUUUUAUUAUACAUAUCAAUAUAUUUGUUCAUUGUACCUCUGAAGACCGACAUUAUCCAGCAGAAAUAGCUAUUGCCUGUUUCAACUUAGAGGAUGGUGUUUUGCCGCAAAAUGUUUUUCAUAGAAUAAUAAAACCUGAAUAAAUUAUCUGGAUCAAGAAGAAUGCCAAUUCUUUACACCACUGAAAGGAAUAUGAAAAUGAUUCAACAUGUUUUAGAUACGUGGUGUUACGAUUAUGACGAGGAUACUCCCCUUUUUAAAGUUUAUAGUUUGGAAUAUAUGUUCAGGAUUUUGAGGAACACUGUUGCUGGGGAUGACGUUUGGACAACCGAUACAUUCAGUACAAGAGAAAUAGAAAAAGAUGUGUACAGUUUUGCUAGAGGUAUUUGCUGUGAGUAUCACGAAGUUACCAAUGUACCCCUAUAUUGCAGUCGUUCAAUUUGUGUUAGGCAAGCUUUCAAUAUUUGCGAUAAUUGCUGCUCCGAUCUGCGUAUCACCUUAUUACCUGGAGUACACUUACCUGAUGCUGCUCUGACGACGGUCCGAAGAGGAUCUAGUAGAACUGCUUCAUCCGCGCCUUCCAUUUCUUCCCAAUCUUCAAAAUAUACUAAUUUGAAGCAAUCCACACGUGACGACGAUUCCGAAAGUGUUAUAUCUUUUUCGAGCAAAUCAGAAUGGGAUAAUCAAUCCCUAAUCUCAGAAACGUCAACUUCCGCAACUUUGGAUAGCGAAGCCAAUUUUCCUUCACUUGGAGCAAGAAAGAAAGUGACCUCAUCACCAUUCAACAACUUCUCUUCUAAUGACUUGAACAGCAGUCAUAGUAACACCUCUAGCGUCAAAAGUUACGCAGGUGCCAUGGGUACAUCAGGGUUGAGCAAGCGUGCAAUGGAUAUGCCAUCAUCUUUUACCAACACGGAAAGAAAUUUUGAAUCUUCAAAAUCUUCAGAUUAUGCUCCGGCCCGAGGAAGAGGCGGAAGGAAUUUUAAUGACGAUGCCAGCGACUUUCCAGCACUUGGCAGAGGAAGGGGUCUAGGAUUGGGACGAAGCAGAAGAGUGAACAAUACUGAAUGAGUCAUGUGAUGAUACAUGUGUUUUAUUAUUUCAACCCAGGUUGAAAAUUUUUACCUGCUCCCAUUAUUUCAUAACUUGGUACCUUUUAGAACUUGAAAAAUGUCUGAAGUGUACUUGCCUGGCUAAUCGUACUAAUAUUUAAGUAUAAUCGUCUCAAAAUUAUAUAUAUAAUAUAAGGUCAAGGCUGUUCAGUUCAACUAAUUUUGAUUUGUUUUGUACAUAUCUCUUCCCUUGUUUUUAUUUUAUUACGUUAGGAAUGACGUGUUCCUUGAAUAAACUGUUAGUUUUAUAUCUUUGAAAUGUAGACUGAUAUAAGAUUUUUCUAAUAUAAGUUGAAGAAAA